AUGCCGGUCUCCAAGUAUCCUGAAAAGGACCCAAUAUCAACGACUGAAAGCGACCAGUCAACCGGAGACAGCGAAGAUGCUACCGGCACCAUUUCCAACAUAACUGCAGGCUCGCAGGCUUUGCAUCGCAAGCUUCGAGGUAGAGAGGUCCAGCUUUUUGCCAUUGGUGGUGCGAUAGGUACCUCACUCUAUGUCCAGAUGGGGCAGGCUCUACCUGAAGGAGGACCGGCUGGUCUCUUCAUUGCCUUCCUCAUAUGGGGUAUUGUCAUGUGGGCCGUGAAUGAAUGCUUCGCUGAGAUGGUGACUUAUCUGCCUAUUGCAUCUCCCUUCGUCCGCUUUGGCAGCGAGUGGGUUGAUGACGCGUUGGGUUUCGCGAUGGCGUGGAACUUCUUUCUCAAUGAAGCAUUUCUCGUACCCUUCGAACUUGUCGCCAUGAACAUAAUGAUUACCUUCUGGACAGACAAGGUACCGGUCGAGGCUAUCAUAGUUGUGAUGAUUGUCCUUUACGCACUCCUCAACAUGGUCAGUGUGCGAUUUUUCGGUAUCGCGGAAUUUUAUUUGUCAAUAUUUAAAGUUCUGCUUAUGAUCGGCCUGUUUUUCUUUACCUUUGUUACUAUGCUUGGGGGAAAUCCGUUGCAUGACCGUUAUGGAUUCCGAUACUGGGAUGACCCUGGCGCAUUUGUGGAACAUCUUGCUUCUGGGGGAACGGGGAGGUUUCUUGGCAUUUUAUCAUGUCUCUACCAGGCCAGCUUCUCAAUCUGUGGCCCGGAGUAUAUUUCUAUCGUGGCUGCCGAGGCUGAGAACCCUCGAAAGGUUUUACCACCAGCAUUCCGAUCAUUUGUCUGGCGUAUGCUUGUCUUUUUUGUUGGUUCAGCUCUAUGCAUGGGGAUUGUCAUUCCAUACAACGAUCCAACGCUCUCGGCCAUCCUCGGCGGGGACGUGUCUGGGUCAGGCACAGGUGCCGCAUCACCAUAUGUCAUUGCGAUGGAGCGUCUCAAAAUUUCUGGCCUUCCUCACCUGGUCAACGCUCUCAUCAUGACAUCCAUUUUCAGUGCCGGAAAUGGUCUUCUUUUUACAUCGACCCGCACACUAUACGGAAUGUCCCUCGCAGGCCAUGCACCUCGUUUCUUCUCAAAAUGUACCAAAGGAGGCGUACCCAUACUUGCUCUGGCUUUCACGCUUUGCUUCUGCCUUCUUGCAUUCCUGCAGGUCAACAGUUCCUCUGCAGAGGUCAUGACCUAUCUAGUUGACCUAGUCACAUGUUGCCAACUAAUGAACUAUGGCUUCACCGCGCUAACAUAUCGACACUUUUUCUCGGCUUUAUCAAAACAAGGCAUAUCUCGAGAUACUCUUCCAUACAAGGGAAGAUUCCAGCCUUAUACAUCCUAUUUGGCCAUGGGUGGUACAUCAUUCAUGCUCUUGGCAGGAGGAUAUGAUCUCUUUUUGAAAGGCGGCUGGUCCGUGAUGUGGUUCUUUCUGGACUAUGGUAUGAUCGGGUUCUUCAUCGUCGCAUUUGUCGGUUGGAAGUUGGUUUUCAGAACAAAGUAUGUGCGACCUGGGUCCGCCGAUCUAAGUCUAGGUGGGCUCAAGGAGGAGAUUGAUAGCUACGAAACUAUCCAUGGCACUGAUCGACCGACGAAUUCGGGAGUGCUGCACAAAUUAUUCGGUUGA